AUGGCGACUGCAACCGAAUCAUCCUUCACAUUCCCCCGAGAAUAUCACUUCCCCGCCUUCUUCACUCGCCAAACCAAUCUCACCACACUCCAUGCUCAGCGCAACAAGUGGUCCGAUCUCAUUCUCGCCUACGCGCGACAUAACCGUAUCUUCCGCCUAUCGCUUUCCGAAGCAGCAGAUUCAGAUCUCUUUGUGAACCGAAAACUCGAUCGAAGGCUACAGUUCGACGACAUUCGUGAUGUGAUUUCUUAUAUGCACACAGAUGGGCGUGUAGAAUACGUCGGAGGCAAAACAACAGGAGAUGUUGUGUUUCUAUAUUGGCGAAAGCCCGAAGAGUGGGCGGAGCUUGUAGAGAACUACGUCGAAGAGACGGGACAGAAGGGCAGCGUUCUUACAGUCUAUGAGCUUGUCGAGGGAGAUGGUACAAAAGGAAAUGAUAUUCACGGCAUGGACACUGAUGUCCUUCUCAAAGCUCUUAACAUCCUCGUCAAACGAAACAAAGCCCAAAUAUUCGGCCAGGACGACUCGUUAGGCGUCAAGUUCUUCUAA